AUGGCACUAUAUGAUACUGGGGUCGGCACGGCCCACCUGGCCCCCCUACUCUAUAAGACUAUGGUUAGGACAUGCAGUGAUGACCGAAUGGCUGUGCAGGACCUGCUGUCUGAAGAAUCGAACUUUAAAAUUGGAACUGAUCCAGGAACGCGCGCCGCCUAUGCAAACGGCACGCUCCCAUUGGCCGGUCGAACGGUAAACUCCAAGUUAGACGCCCACAACUCGGAUUACGCGCCGCAUGACACAAUAACAAUCCGAGCGCGAGUG